UGGUACGCCGUUAGAUGAUGUUUAUCUUAUCCGCUUCUUCUUGUCGUGUUUACUGUUAGAAAUGGUUGAAGGUGAUCAUGAAAACUAUAAAAUCAAUUAAAUCAAGAGACACGGUAGUCUCUCGCGAACUGUCGAGUUGCGAGUAUUUCAGAUUAUUCGCUAGUAAUAACAAACAGUGAACAUUGUCUCAAAAUGCUGCGAGUUUUCACAAACGAAGAAUACACGGAUAUUCAUUAUGUGUACGGUUUGUGUGCAGGAAAUGCAAGGGCUUCUACUAGAGAAUAUGAACGAAGAUUCCUUAAUAGAAGAGUGCCGUAUCACACAGUCUUUACCAAUGUUCAUUUGCAAUUACGUUCGACGGGUUUAUUUCGUCCAUUGGCAGAAUGUGGAGUUAUACGUAAUUAUCGUCGUUCUCAAAGAAUUCUUAAUGUGUUUAAUAAUGAUCCUACUACAAAUGUUCGGCGAGCGCCAUAUCAGCUCCAGCUAGCUCCCGAAGUAUGGUUUGGAGAACAUUGCGAACUGAUAACAGGUACCCGUAUCAUUUCACACCGGUACAAGAAUUUUUGCCAACCGAUCACGAAAAGCGAACACAAUUUUGUGAAUGGUACGUGCAACAAGUACAAGAAGAUGAUUUUCUCCCAUCGAGGAUACUAUAGACUGACGAGGCUACAUUUACGAGAGCAAUUGUUCUCGAAGAUGUACCUUUACUAUCUCGCCAACACAUGUGGAUACAGUUAGAUGGAUGCCCAGCACAUUGUGGUAGACAAGUACAACAGUAGUUAAACGAACAUUAUCCCGAAAGAUGGAUUGGUCGAGGAAGUCCGAUAUCUUGGCCUCCAAGAUCACCAGAUCUCCAGAACGCCAUUAGACUUCUACUUGUGGGGGACAAUGAAAGAAAAAGUUUAUCGAACACAAGUCAUAUCAAGAAAUGAACUAACACAAAGAAUUAUCGACACAGCUGCAGAGAUAAAACAAAAUCCGCAAGAAAGUCUUAGGGUGAUAAAUUCAGUAGUACAUCGAUGUAUAGCUUAUAUUGACAUGGGCGGACGGCACUUUGAAAUGUGAACUUAAGUGAUUGUUUCUUACAUUUUGUAUUUUAUUUUUGCUAUAACUUUCUAAUAAAGCAUUUUGAGACCUAUGUUUAUAUAACAUUUUUUCUUCUUUCUGCUCAUAGAACAUUCUACUAAAGUUUGUACGGAAAAACUUGAGACACCCUGUAUAUGACCACACAUAGAAGCAAAGUUCAUACAUGCGCAGAAAACAUUUUAAUAGAAUAACACACGACACUGUAUCGCGUAACUGAAAUAUAUACACACCGAAGUUUAAAUUUAUGCAUUUUACAACAAUUAAUAGUUUUAAUUGGAUAUCCGUUUAAUUUAGCAGUAUGAAAAUUUAAAUUAUCCUUGCAACAUUUUCUCAUACUAUCCUCAAAUAUUUUGGAUAAUAUGAGUACAU